UGGAAAAGUUUUCUUCCUGGUUUGAGUGUUUUCUCCCCGUAAAAUACCGCGUUUUUUCCUCUGCGUGUCAAACGUCUUCCGGCGUUUUUAUGUGGAGUGAUUUUAAACGAGGUAUACGACGUAACGUCUCUUAAACAAGCGACAUCUACGUCUUUAAAGAGCAUGCUAGCUCAGGUAGAUAAGACUCAAGUGCGUUGUUGUGGCUGCUGCUGACGGCGGCGGGAGCACAUAGGUGGUGGUGUCAAGUUAUUUAUAUCAUUCUGUUUUUUAUGUUCGAAUGUAGUCGUUUAUUAUGAAAAAAACCGAACAGUCUGUGUGACCAGCGAGAAACGAAGUGUUUGAGCGCUUCAACGGUGAAGGACGACGGACUAUACGAGUCUUCAAUGAAAAAACAGGCAGUUUAAGGUCACACUUCUUAAACAAACAAAUACUGCGUUGUGGUUUCGGGGUCAAAGUUUGGUUUUAAGUUCGCUUAACCAUUAUACACUAUUCGGCUGUUUGAUAGUAGUGGCAAAAUACCUUGAAUAACAUUAUUUUGGUCAUUGUUUGUAUUGUUUCGUGAAGGUGCCACCAUUUUAUGUACACGGGCUUUUUGUGGUCAAAUUUGUCCCAUGUCUGUUCAUAAAGACUGUAUUCACCAAUCUUUUUCAAAAAGUGACCUCAAAUACCUUUAAAUGAAGGUAAAAAUGUUGUAUUUUUGUACAUUGGCUGUUUAUUUUCAAUUGGAUCAACCCAAAGAUGGAAAAUAGCAGCAGAUGCAGCAGGAGGUCCCCUCCUCCUUCUCCUCCUUCUCCUCCUCCUCCUCACCACCAUCACCACAACACUGCCUCCUCCCGCUCACACACCUUGAUACUGCUGCCCAAUGUGGAAGUGAGACUUCAGCAGAAGUGGAGGAGAAUCACGAAGUGAGACUUGAAAUCAUCCCCACGAUGAGGUCCAUCGUCGUCUUCUACAUGUGCUACCUGCUGUGUCUGGGCCUGGGCGUGGCCUGCGUGGCGUGCGUGUGUGUGUGGAACAGCCAGUGGCGUGGUGGCUUCGCCUGGGACGGCUCCGCCCUCCAGUUCAACUGGCACCCGGUCCUGAUGGUCACAGGCCUUGUGGUGGUGUACGGCAUGGGUGCUGUGUUGUACCGCAUCCCUCUGACCUGGGGUGAGAAUAAACUUCCCUGGAAGAUCCUCCACGCCGUGCUGAUGCUCGCCGCCUUGAUCCUGUCAAUCCUAGGACUCUGUGCCGUGUUUGACUUCCACAACGCCAAAAGCAUUCCCAACCUCUACUCCCUUCACAGCUGGAUCGGCAUUGCUACCGCCGCGCUUUUCGCCACACAGUGGGUGGUGGGUGUGGCCGGCUUCCUCCUGCCCUGCUCCCCCGUGUCGCUACGCAAACUCCUGAAACCCGCCCACGUGUGGAUGGGUGGAAUUAUAAUGCUGCUCAGCAUCGCUGCCUGCAUCUCCGGAAUCAACGAGAAACUCUUCUUUUCUCUUAAAGGAAACACCAACGGAAGUCUUCCAUACUCGAGUUCCCCACCUGAGGCUUUGUAUGCAAACUCAUUAGGCGUUCUCAUUGUGGCUUUUGGUUUAAUUGUCCUGAAGAUUUUGUCCAACCAGCAGUGGCAGCAUCCAGACUCUCGGCAGCAGAGUACGGUGUACACGCCACUGCUUCAUGAAGAAAAUUAAUGAAUGAAUGAAUGAGUGAAUGAAUGAAGGAAAUACAGAUGACACAACCCUGAGAUAAUGCAAGAAUGAUUUAAGUCUGUAAAUAUUUAUUUGGAAUUAUAUUUAAUAUUGUUUUGUUUGCCCUAACAAAGUAAAAUAAAAAUCUAA